AUGGACUUUUGCUGUAGUCUUGGUCACGACCAUCGCAUUCGUAUUCGGAAAGCGGCUGCAAGUCUCCACCAAGCCCUGCGCCUCUCGAAAGAUUUCAAAUUGGUUACCAGAUCCCUCGCUCAAAGCGUCGCCUCCCCGUCCCUUCUCUUUUCCUCCUGGCAUACAAGAAGCGACGAUUGCACCGUCACCUCUUGUUUCGUUUUCCUCUCCCUACGAUCCGUCGCUCCCCUUAUUGCGUUCCUCCCUGCUGUCCCCCCUCGAUUCCGCCCCCAAACAGUCGUUGCCGCCGCCAUCAUGGGUGUCCUCCAGGUCGCCGCGAACCACCCGCUGGUGCACCAGCUCCAGGCCCAAAGCGUCGUCAUCCAGUCCGCCAUCUUGGUCUUUGGCUUCAUCGCCCUCUCCGUCGUCCUCAACGUCGCCGGCCAGAUCCUCUUUAAGAACAAGAAUGAGCCCCCCAUGGUCUUCCACUGGUUCCCCUUUAUCGGCAGCACCGUUACCUACGGCAUGGACCCUCCCACCUUUUUCCAUUUGAAUCGCCAAAAGUAUGGUGACGUCUUUACGUUUAUCCUCCUCGGCAAAAAGACGACCGUCGCCGUUGGCCCCGCCGGCAACGAAUUCAUCCUCAACGGCAAGCUCAAGGACGUCAAUGCCGAGGAAAUUUACACUGUCCUGACCACGCCCGUCUUUGGCCGCGACGUCGUCUACGACUGCCCCAACGCCAAGCUCAUGGAGCAGAAAAAGUUUAUGAAGAUUGCCCUCACCACCGAAGCCUUCAAAUCCUACGUCCCCAUCAUCUCCAACGAAGUCACCUCGUACUAUAAGCGCGACGCCGGCUUCAAGGGCGCCACCGGCAUCGUCGACGUGCCUCUCAAGAUGGCUGAAAUCACCAUCUUCACCGCCUCGCACGCGCUCCAGGGCAGCGCCAUCCGCCGCAAGUUUGACGUGUCCCUGGCCGCCCUCUACCACGACCUCGACAUGGGCUUCACGCCCAUCAACUUUAUGCUGCACUGGGCGCCGCUGCCCUGGAACCGCCGUCGCGACCACGCCCAGCGCACCGUUGCCAAGAUUUACAUGGACACCAUCCAAGAGCGCCGCGCCAACGUCGACGACCACGAGCUCGACAUUAUGAAGCACCUGAUGAACUCGAGCUACAAGAACGGCACGCCCGUACCCGACCACGAAGUUGCCCACAUGAUGAUUGCGCUCCUCAUGGCCGGCCAGCACUCGUCGUCAUCGACCAGCUCCUGGAUCAUGCUCCGCCUGGCGCAGAACCCGCAGAUCAUGGAGGCCCUCUACGAGGAGCAGGUCAAGGCCCUCGGCGCCGACCUCCCGCCCCUGCAGUACGAGGAUCUCGCGAAGUUGCCCCUCAACCAGGCCAUCAUCAAGGAGACCCUGCGCCUGCACGCCCCCAUCCACUCCAUCAUGCGCGCCGUCAAGCAGCCUCUGCCCGUCCCCGGUACAAAGUACGUCAUCCCGACCUCGCACGUCCUUCUCGCCGCGCCCGGCGUCAGCGCCAGCGACCCGUCCUUCUUCCCCAACCCCGACGCUUGGGACCCCUACCGCUGGCUCCCCGGCUCGUCCAACGCUCCGACCAUUACGGCCCGCAGCGACGAGGAGGAGGAAAAGGUUGACUACGGCUACGGCAUCGUCAGCAAGGGCGCUGCCUCGCCGUACCUGCCCUUUGGCGCCGGCCGCCACCGCUGCAUCGGCGAGCAGUUUGCCAAUGUGCAGCUACAGACCAUUGUCGCCGAGACGGUCCGCGAAUUCAAGUUUGCCAAUGUCGACGGCAGCGACAAGAUUAUCGGUACCGACUACACCUCCCUCUUCUCCCGCCCUUUGGAGCCUGCCAAGAUUCGCUGGACGCGCAGGGAUUAA